AUGGAAAAAAUAAUAAAACUUAUAGGAGGCAUUUUUGAAUAUUUUAUUAAUAUUGACAAGGCAGAACAACAAACAGGGAAGAACCAGAGGAAUAAAGAGCACGUUACAAGCAGCAAAAUAAGUGUCGCAUCCCCAGUUCAUACUAAGAGCCACGAAAUGUCAAAUAAUCUAGCCUCUUAUUUUGCUUCUUCAAACAAGGAUUCGAAAGAUAUGGAAAAGAGACCUCCGAAUGAUUAUGAUGAUAUGGGCCCCUCAGUUUCUAUGGCUAAAGAAGCAGAAAAUGAUGAUGAGUUUGAGAAAUCCACGUUCAACCUGAAAAGAACAAGGUCUAUGGGCCUGUUAGACGAAUAUAUCGACCCGACCAAGAAGUUAAUUCAACAAGAUAAUGAAACUGAAACAACCCCAAAUUCCAGUUCGGUGUCACCUCCUCCAGAGAAUUUAUUGGUACCACAGGAUGAUAAUGAUGUUGUCAGAGAACCUGAAAGACACGUCGAUUACUUGUCUCAUCACUGGGAAGAAAGUGAAAUCUCAAAUUCUUGGAAGUACAUUAUAUUGAAGAAAAAGAAAAGGGACACUGAUUUAAUCAACUCUUCAAGAUUGGAGAAUGCAUCAUGGAGGACGUGGGCUAAAGCAAGAUCUGGUCUGAAGACAGUCUCACCAGAAGUAGUGAACUGGUCAAAGGAUUCAGAUGUAACUUGGCUUUAUGGCCCAAUUGUACGUGAUUCUCAUGAAAUGGAAAACAGUUCGAAUAUAAUAGAUAAUGAUCAAUACGGUUCUGAUGAUGAAAACUCCAAGAGAAGAAGUUCUAAAAAAAAUACAAAGGUACCUAAACCAAUCUUAAAGAAAAGAACUGUUACGGAAAUUCUCGAAGAAAAUUCUUUGUGGAAGUUAAAUGAAGCUAGAAAGCAUUAUAAUGAAAUGAGGCAUGCUACCAGUGUUAUGGAUCCAAGUAGUUCGGUAUAUGACGAUUAUGAUUAUCUUGCUGCAAAAGUUAACGCCCAAUAUUUUUAUAAAUCAAAACAACAACAAAAGCAAAUUUUAAAAUCCAAUGAUAUUCAGGAUAAUUUGGCUUCAAAUCAAAAUGAAGAUAGUAUAAAACUCAACAUAAGUCCUUCCACUCUUUUGAAACCACCAAUUAUUAGAGGUAGUAGUGAUACCACUUUGCCAGCAUCCAUUGUAAGUGGGUUAAAACAACAUCUUAAUAAGCGAAAUGAAGCAGAAAUGAGUAAUGAAAAUGAUGAAGAAGUACCGGAUAAUGAGGUCAAGUUAUCGUCCAUUUUGACGGAUCCUUUACGAACGAAAACUCAUAACACAAAUAGGCAUAUCCAUUUCAAUGACCGUGUUGAACAAUGUGUGGCAAUUAAAUAUUCAAAAUCUGAUGAUGCUUUAAACUCCGAAAGUGACACUACUUACCAAUAUUCAUAUAAUAACAGCAAUGAUGAAGAUAAUGAAAGUAAUAACAAUUACGAUAAUUCUGAAGAAGAAGAUUAUUCUGAGGAAGAAGAUGACAACAAUGGUGGCUUGUUUAUAAACGCAAGAUUCACAAGAAGAUCUGAUUCUAUUGUCCAUUCCCCCGUUACUGACACUUCGUCCAUUGAUUCGUCAAAUGCAAAACACCAUCAUCCUCAUAUACAUCCAAUUAUAAAGUUACUGCCGGCCACAACAUUAAAUUAUGGCUCGGAUGAUGAAUCUGAUGGGAGCGAAUUCGAUAACAGCUAUGGUAAUGCAGUGUCUCAUAACGUCAAUACUCAAAGAGGUUAUGAUUAUAUUUAUGACUAUAACUCCGUUUACACUGGUGAUACAUCAAGUUUCUUUCCAAUCGAUUCAUGUGACAUUAUUGAUGUUCCUGAGGGAAUUGAUUUACAAACUGUUAUCGCCAAUGAAAGUAGUAACGCCUUUCAAGAAAACGUAAAUGCGUAUGAUGAUGAACCUUACAGCUUAUCAUCAAAUACUGAUGAUGAACCUUACAGCUUAUCAUCAAAUACUGAUGAUGAAGAGUUCAUAGAAGACUCUCGAUAUCAAAGUAGCGAUGAUGAAUCGAAUUCAGAUAGUAAUGAUAAUUAUGAUGGUGGUUUACAACUAAGGAGAACGACUUCCUUGGGAAGAGGUAACAAUUCAUUGAAAGAUUUGAAUAAUUCUUUUAAUGGUGCUGCUUCAUUAGAAAUAUUAAGAUCUAAGACGCGCAGUUUUAUCACAGGUCAACCCUUAAGUCCUGAUGUUCCAACAGAGGGUGUUAAUGAUAAAUCCAUAUUAAGGUCUACUGUAUCAUCAUGUAGUAAUUCAAAUAAAACAUUCAUUUUCAAUUCUGACAGUGAAGAUGACGAAGAUGAAGAAAAUAUUGUACCAGAAACAGUACGAUUUCCAUUACAACCACGCACGAGCAACAAUGAAGAUGAUGACUACGAAGACACAGGGGACGAACUAAAUUUUGAAUCAUUGUCAAUAAGAAAUAGUAGGCAUAGACGUACUUUACAACCUCCAAAAAGAUCACCAAGUUCAAACUCACUUUCUGCACCAAUAAAUUAUCAGGAUAGUAGCAGCAAUUCAAUCCCAUCAUCUACCAUCACAGAUUCGAACAAGAGUCUCAGGAUUCCAAGUAACGGGCCCUCUCUGGCAGAAGUUAGCUCAAACGAUGUUGAUAUAAAUGGAUAUUUUGAACCAAGAAAUCAAUCAAUAAAAUUAAUGGUUUCGGAGAGGGGUUUUAUAGAUAAAUCCAAUAGCAAAAGCGAUAGUACGCAAUUCAAUUCAAGUAAAUAA